AGUUCUCUAAGAAGGAGUUCUCAAGUCUCUAAGGCAAGAAAAAAAAGGGUCCAAGAGAUGGGGGAAGCGACGAAAACGAUGGCGGCAGGGAGCCCGAGCGCGGCGGCGGUGGGGGACCCGAGCGCGGUGGCGGCGCUGUCACUCGUCCCGCGGGGCGCGACAAUCUACGUGGGGGAUCUCGACCCGUCCGUCACCGAAACCGACCUUCUCAACGCCUUCGCCAGCAUCGGCCCCAUCGCCUCCGUCCGCCUCUGCCGUGACCGCGCCUCCGGCGACUCCCUCCACUAUGCCUACCUCAACUUUCUCUCCCCUCUCCAUGCCAGGAGAGCGAUCCGGUUCAUGAAUCACGUCUCUCUCAAUGGCAAGCCCAUCCGGAUCAUGUGGUCCCGCCGAGACCCCCUCUCGAGAAAGUCCGGCAUCGGUAAUCUCUUCGUUAAGAAUUUGGAGGAAUCGGUGACCGGGAUGGAGCUGGAGGCCAUGUUCUCAUGGUACGGGACGGUGGAAUCGUGCAAGGUGGCGACGGAUGAGAAGGGGAGGAGCAAAGGAUUCGGCUUCGUCCAGAUGGAUUCGGAGAUGGCUGCCAUGGCGGCCAUUGAAGCCCUCAAUGGCAUGAUCUUAACUGGUUCAAGCAAGAAACUGUAUGUAUCGAAGUUUGUUAGGAAGAGUGAAAGGCAAACCCUGCACAAAGAACCAAUAUGCACCAAUCUUUAUAUAAAGAACCUGGACUGUGAUACCACAGACGAUAUUCUUUAUGGCAAGUUCUCCGAAUAUGGGAAAGUCAUCAGUGCUGUUGUCAUGAAAGAUAAAGAUGGGAAGUCGAGAGGAUUUGGAUUUGUUAACUUUGAGUUGCCAGAGCAUGCCAAGAAGGCUUUGGAGGCUAUGAAUGGCUCGAAACUUGGAUCAAAGUCUAUAUAUGUAGGAUAUGCUCAAAAAAAAGCUGAACGUGAGAAGCUACUAAGGCUUCAGUUUUCCGAGAGGCAUGACCAACACUUUAAAAGGAUCCAGGGUUCAAAUGUGUAUGUGAAGAACCUUGAUGACUCAGUCGAUGAUAAAGUUUUGCGAGGAUAUUUUGCUGGAUGUGGGAACAUAAUUUCAACAAAAGUGAUGCAUGAUAAAAAUGGUCUGAGCAGGGGGUUUGGAUUUGUGUGUUUCUCCUCCCCCAAGGAAGCAAGCAACGCCGUUGCACAAUUAAAUGGGGCCAUGUUCCAUGGCAGACAUCUAUAUGUUGCAAUUGCUCAGCACAAGGAAGAUCGCCGUAAAGCUUUGCAGCUUCACUUUGCUAAUAUGCCAGUACGACAUGCUGUGCACUUUGGGUUUCCAUCAGUAUAUUAUACACCACAAUAUGGACAGCUUCAAAAUUCAGGGUACACUAGUCGGCAGCAUGGGAUGGGUCAUUUUCUUGGGAAUCAAUACUUCGAGAUCCCUAAUCAAAUAAAGCAGCGAGCUUAUGCAACUGCUAGCUGUGCAAACAAGGCUCCCAUCCCUCUGCAAACAAAGAAUGAUCCAUUUGUUUCUCAGUUUCAUUAUCCUGUUUAUAGAGUGAAUCCACUGCCAUCCAUAUAUAAAGUGCAGCCACCGAGGUACAAUGGUUACUUUGAGGCUCCAUGUUCAUACAAUGGUUACUCUGAGGCUCCAUGUUCAUUCAAGUUUGCCAAGGCAGUGAACGCCUGCUACUCUCAGUUUGAGGUGCCAAAAUUGUACCGAUCUGCAAAGGGGGUGAAUAAGACAUGCUACACCGUGGAUUCCUCUCAUCGCUUAAAGGAAGUGGACAGGCUGGACAGGCUGGACAGGGUGGUUGCAACUGUAGAGCCUAAGCAGCAGACGUCAAUGAUUAGAGAACAACUCUAUCCUCUUGUUCAGAAGCUCGAGCCCGAGCAUUCAUCGGAAGUAACAAACAAGCUGUUGGAGAUGAAUGUCACUGAGCUGCAUAAGAUUCUACUGUCACCUGGUUUGCUAUCUCAACGGGUGGCAGAUGCAGUCCAAGUCUUGGAGGGAUUAGAGGCUAAGGCAGCUACAGAUGACAAUCAUGAGAUUGAUGGGCAGCAGAUGCAGCCCAAGUCCUGAAGGGAGUAAAGGCUAAGGUACCUACAGAUGAGAUUGGCACUGCUAGAGGUUCUGUACAGUACAACUAAAUAAUGCCAACUUCAGCAACUUGAAAUCGCUAUGCUUUUCCUGGACAAACCUGUGGUCUUGUUGUAUUCUUUUCCUGGAGAGUAUUGGUUCAUGUUCUAAUUGAGCUGUAUAUUGUCUUGUUGCAUGUGUGGCACCCCUACCUUGUUGAUACUCUUGUUGUUGCAUGAAUAACAUCCCUAUCUUGUUGAUACUGCUAAA